UUCCUGAAUCCAUCCACUUCGAGCAGCACCCAGGGUGACCCUGCCUUCCCUGAGAUGAAUGGCAAUGGUGCUGCAGCCCCCAUGGACUUCACUGCCACCACUGAGGACCAGCUGAUCAACAAGCUCCCUCCAGGCACAGCACUGGGUACACCGUCCUACCCCUCAGACGGCUGCAGCACUGACGGGCUUCGGAGCCGCGUCAAGUAUGGGGUGAAGAGCACUCCUGAGUCUCCCCCCUACAGCUCUGGGAGCUAUGACUCCAUCAAGACAGAAGUCAGUAGCUGUCCUGAGGACCUGACAGUGGGCCGGGCCCCCGCAGCAGAUGAUGACGACGAUGAUCAUGAUGACCAUGAGGACAAUGACAAGAUGAAUGACUCAGAGGGCAUGGACCCUGAGCGACUCAAGGCCUUCAAUAUGUUUGUGGAUGAGAACCUGGACCGCAUGGUGCCCAUCUCCAAGCAGCCCAAGGAGAAGAUCCAGGCCAUCAUUGAGUCAUGCAGCCGGCAGUUCCCCGAGUUCCAGGCGCGAGCCCGCAAGCGCAUCCGCACAUACCUCAAGUCCUGUCGUCGCAUGAAGAAGAAUGGCAUGGAGAUGACCAGACCCACUCCUCCCCACCUGACCUCAGCCAUGGCAGAAAACAUCCUAGCAGCUGCCUGUGAGAGUGAGACAAGAAAAGCAGCUAAAAGGAUGCGCCUGGAGAUCUACCAGUCCUCACAAGACGAACCUAUAGCCCUGGAUAAGCAGCACUCUCGGGACUCCACAGCCAUCGCCCAUUCCACCUACUCACUGCCAGCCUCUGCCUACUCCCAGGACCCUGUGUACGUCAAUGGUGGCCUCAACUACAGCUACCGUGGUUAUGGGUCCUUGAGCAGCAACCUGCAGCCCUCGGCUUCCCUCCAGACAGGAAAUCACAGUAACGGGCCCACAGACCUCAGCAUGAAAGGUGGGACCUCUACCCCGACCCCUCCCACACCCACUCCUUCCAGUAACAGCACCAGCAGGACCAUGCCCACGGCCCAGCUCAGCCCCACAGAGAUCAGCGCUGUGCGGCAGCUCAUUGCUGGCUAUCGAGAGUCUGCAGCCUUCCUGCUGCGUUCUUCGGAUGAACUGGAAAACCUCAUUUUACAGCAGAACUGACCCCACUGGCCCCCAGAGUGCACGACACCAGGGAAGGAGGCUGU